AUGAAUAUUUUGAAUUGUUGUAGAGUAUGUCUAGAAGAGUCUGCAUUUAAUUCAUUUAGCUUCACUGAAUAUAUCGGUAAUUCAACAAUCAAGAGCUUGAUUCAGCAAAUAUGCAGCAACUUAGACCUCGAUUUUAAGCCAAAUCUGAUAUGCAGCGAUUGUCUUAAUGAACUUAAAAUAGCAUGCAGCUUCAAGCAAAAGUGUGAAAAUUCAGAACAAUUCAUUAAGAACAUCAAUUUUGAGACAAAGUUCCAAAUUUUCGACGAUUUCAUAGACACGAAUCUUUUUGAUGAAGAUUAUGUGACAGACUAUAUGAAUGAGGAUGAUUUGAAGCCAGACUUUGAGGAAUUACUAGAAUGCAGUUCUAAAUCACUUCCAGAAAGUGUAAGCAGUGUAGAUAAUAAAGGAAUUCAAGUUGAUUGCUUUUCUGAAAAGAAAAUCACCAAAAAAAGUUCAAAGCGAUUCUCAAUAAAAUGCAUGACAUGCGACGAUGAGUUUUCAGGUCCAUCAAAGCUUGUCAUUCAUGCACGAGACUUCCAUAAUGACACAAAACCAUUUAAAUGCUCAAUUACUGGAUGUAUGCGAGCUUAUCAAAAUCCUAAAGCUCUGAAAGUUCAUAAAAGAAGCCACGAAGAAGACAAAAGAUUUAAAUGCUCAGAAUGUAAUGCAUCCUUUCAUGUCAAAGGGAAUUUAGUUUCACAUGCUAGAAUCCAUUCUGGACAAAAGUUUGAUUGUGAGAUUUGCCAGAAAUCGUUUAGUUCCCUUAGCUAUUUUAAGCAGCAUCAAAUCUCUCAUAAUCAGGAAGCAACAGAGGCUAUCUUCAUCUGCACAUUCAAGGACUGUGUAAAGAAGUUUUCUAGUCAAAUGGCCCUUAAAUCACAUCUUCCAGUCCAUUCCGAGAAAAAUUUCCGAUGCAACAUCUGCACGAAUGCCUUUAAGACUCCACAAAACUUAGAAGCUCAUUUGUUAAAGCACUCAAGCGGCGAUUGGAAUCGUCUAGAUUCUGGAAAAAUCUGUCACAUUUGUGGAUUCUCUACAAAAUAUCGUCAGCAGUAUAAUGAGCAUGUACGUAGCCAUAAUGCAACUAGAGAUUUCGAGUGCUUUCAUUGUGGCAAGAAGUUUAUGAAAAAGACACUGUUGGUGCUUCAUAUGCAGACUCAUUUAAGUGAACGAAAAUUUCUAUGUGAUAUUGAGGACUGCAAAAAGGCAUUCAAGACUUACAACUCAUUUUAUGCUCACAAGAGGAAGCAUCAGUCGAUAAAUUCCCCAAGAUUCAACUGUGCAAGCUGUGAUAAAGUAUUUAGUUCCCAUUCAGUAUUAAUGUCUCAUCUUAAAAGUCAUACUGGCGAAAAAGUAUGGAACUGCCAUUAUGACGGAUGUACAAAGGCUUAUGCUCAUAAACAGAACCUUAACAUGCACUUGCUGACUGCUCAUGUCGAAAGUGACAAAACAUUUAAAUGUGACUUAUGUCCAAAAGUCCUAGCAAAUUCAAAUCAACUUCGAGUUCACCUGAACAAGAUACAUAAGGCUGAGAAGAACAUUAAAUGUCCACUUUGUGAGAUGACAUUUUCAUCUAUACAGUUGCUGGACGUCCAUAAAAAUAUUCAUCAACCAAAGGCUCAUAAUUGUGAAUUUUGUAAUUACAGCGCUAAAUAUAAAGUUGAUCUUGAGAGACAUUUGACAAAAGCCCAUGAAGAUAAGAACAAGCAGACAUGA